GGGCACCACCAGUCACGUGCGAGUCCCAGCCACUACCUACGGUGUGCCACUUCCGAGUCCAGAGUGCGCCGACUCCUCGCUCAUCACCUUUCGAUAUGGCAUCUAGCGAACUCUUGAAGCAGAUCCAGGCAGGAAAAAAGCUGAGAAAGGCAGAAACAAAUGACCGCAGCGCACCGAUGGUCGAGACCAAAUCCGGUGGAGGAGGUAUGGUUGGGGCACCCGGAGUCGCAAGGGCGUCUUCGUCACCGGCCGCUGCUCGGCCGUCAUCGGGUGUUGGGGGACCCCCUCAGCUUGGUAACCUGUUUGCGGGCGGUUUACCCAAGUUGAAACCCGCAGGGCAAAAUAAUCUAGCUAAGCCCCCGACAUUCGGGAAGCCACCUUUGGUACCUAGGCGCGGCACUCCAGCCGUUACUGCAAGUACUGCUCUCCCAUCUAGGCCGACUCCACCGAGACCACCAACAGCACCACCCGCAGCGCUGCCAGGCAGACCAUCACCCGCAUUACCCUCGAGAUCUCCUGGAUCUGUGAGCACCCGACCAACGUUACCACCUCGAGCGACUCCCUCCCCUCCUCCAAGUGUGUCUGUAACCCCUCGUAGGCCUCCACCGCCUCCCCGAACAGCCUCGCCUACCAACACUGGCCGUUCACCGCCCCCAGUGAGCGGACGCAGUUCAUCUCCCACUACCACUACAAUAUCUUCUCCUGCAAGGGCAGUUCCACCUUUGCCCACCCGGAACAAUGGAAAUUCUCCUGUACCCCCGAUACGGCGGGCCCCCCCUCCACCAGCGACACCUGGUAGACCUGCGCCCCUUCCUCCACCCAGGCCAUCUUCUGGAAGUACGCUGGGUUUUCGAGCAGUGCCUGCACCCCCUCCGAGAAAGCCGCCCGUAGCAGAUGGACCUCCAGCUCCGCCUGCGCGUGUGAGAGCCUUGUCUGAGGUGGAGCCUCCUGCCCCACCGCCCCCUGGACCAUCGCCCGCUCGAGCAUCCUUAGCGCAGACCUUGACCUCGGUCCCUCAUAGGCCGCGGGUAGUCUCGGGACCUCCAAAGACCGAACCGAGGACUUCUGUCCAUGGUGUUGUCAAUGGUAACAGGCAACCGCCGCCGACACGAAGAAUUCCAUCUCCGCCUCCUACCGCUGGAGGGCAUACAUUUCCGGUCGAUGGCUUCCCUACCCCUCGACCAUUCGUUCCGGGUGCGAAGAGCUAUGGUGGUGGCCGCCAACGGGGCUCAGAUUUCGACCUCUCCAAUCUGGAGUGACAUCGUAAUGUUUGAACGCUUGGUCGAUGGGAGAAUCAUCUACACGAACGAUCCUGCUUUGAGUAUACUUGUAUACUUGGCAUAGAGUGGCAAUGUUACUGUAUGUACAUAAUAGUACAAGUGGACACGUAGACACUUCUUUUUGCCGGGUCCAUAAAAGACCGUCAUCCCCGCAAUUUAAACC